CGCUGCACGGUGUGUUGCCGAUACGUACAAGAUAACGUGUGUUGUACAUAAUGUUUAUUUCUCCCGUUUUUUUAAAUACAUCUGUUAUCUAUUAUUAUAAAUGAAAAACUUUGAUAAAACUUGAUCACAUAACCUCGAACUUCCACACUCGUAAGACCAGGUUAUCCAAUUUUUAGCUCCUGAAGUUUUGGGAUGUCUCAAAUACACAGCAUUGAUUUGCAUGUUGCGUGCGCAGAAUGUUACAGGGACGUCAAAUAUAACUGUGAACGUUUAAGAAAAGAUGAAAAGUAGGAAGGGAAGUCUAGGGGGAGUUGACGUAGGUGCAGGAAAUAUGAAAUUCCUCCCAAGACGAGUUAGGGGGUUGAAAAUGUUUCAUAUCACUCAGUUGGUGUUUCGCCCUCAAGCUAAGAGGGUAGUUGCGUGUAACUGGAGGUAUUUUACUUCGUGCUUAUGAAAGAAGGCAAGUUAGAGUGAAGUUGUUAUUGUUAAACAUGUUAUAUUAAAUAAGUGCUCAUAAACUGAGCAGAUGUUACAAAUAGAUAAUUGUAAACAUACAUGGCAAUGAAUCGAACCUAUCCCAUCACCCCAACCCCAGUUGUGCCACCCUUGUACCAACCCCCUAACAGUGCAUCAAGUGAUUCAAACAAAAGCAGUCCACCCCAUUCUGAAACUAACCCUCCUUCACCGUCCUCUGCAAAACGACUCAAAUCAUCAUCUCUGACAUCUCUUAAUCACACACCACAAAACUUGGCAAUUUAUAAUCAGCAAAACGAAAACCGGCCGUCGUUUCUUAAAAACAGGGGGAAAUAUUCAAAAUCAAGACAUAAGAGAGGUUUUUCAGAUUUUAAUGCAGGGACAUAUAACAAUGAUAUGAAUCUAACAUAUGAAGAGGCAGAUGAUUAUGAAAGAGGAAAUAUCAGAAGAAGUCAGUAUGAAUUAUAUAGGGCCCAAGAAAGUGUUGAAGAUGAGAUCCAACCAAAUAUUCCAGGAGCAGUGAUUGACCACUGCAAUCACACCACUCAAAUUUUUGUUAAGGUCUUGAGCCAACACCCACAUGGAUCCUCACAGCGAAUUUGUAAUAUCAGAGAGGACAAAAACGGUGCAGUAACAAUCUACAUGUCAAAGCCAGAGAAAGAUCAUGAUAAUAUCAAUAAUCCAAAACAAUAUGAGGAUAAUUAUCAACAACUGAAGAGACAGAAGGACUGCCACAAUCUUCAAAAUCAUCCCACAGAACCACCAGCGAUUAAACCUAGAAGAUCGAAAUGGAAAACAAACAAGGAAGCAAAGUCCCACUUAAAAACGGCAUGUGCUGUUGACAGUAGUCUGCCAGAAGAUCAUCAGGACAUUUCUGGGACAUCAAGAAUGAAUGCAACAUUACCUUCUAUAGAGGAAAGUCAACCUAAUAUUCAAAACUAUGAUCCUGAAUACAGUAGGAACGAUAACAGAAAUAAAGAUGAUACUCAUGUAUUGAUGAGUGGCGAAGGUGAGAUUAGAUUAGAUAAUUCAAAAGUGAUAUAUAAAGACACAGAGUUACCAUUAAGUGUAAUCAAUAAAGAGCUUACUUCAGGACAGUAUACAUCUGUUGGAGUUCAGGUGUCUCCUUCGCCACAGUAUCGUUUGAGGUUUCUACCAAUAGGCGGUUGCACUGCUUAUAACAAUAGUGAGUGGGAACUUUGUGGGAUCAAAGGGAUACGAUUGAUACUGCACCUCGUAGGUCGGUGGAUAUUCUCCCAGUGUGGGUUAGGAGUGAUACUCUUCAUCUGGGCUUUGCUAGGGGCUGCUGCAUUCCGAGCAACAGAAGGGCCUUAUGAGGAGCAGGUAGCAAGAGAACUGAUGAACAAGCAACAUGAACUAGUAAUUGAAUUGGCGAGGGAUUUAAGGAUAUUAAAACAGGAGGAACCAGUGUGGCGCAAUAAGAUAGAUUAUUAUGUGGGCAAACACAAGGAAAUACUACUUGAAGCAGUGAGUGAUGGGUAUGGAGAAGGAGGCAGUAAAGGCAAGAUAUGGAGUUAUGCAGGGUGUCUGCUCUUUGCUGUGUCACUUCUUACCACAUUAGGUUUUGGAGCUCCAGUUCCAAGAACAACCAUGGGCAGAAUGUCAGCUGUGAUAUUCUCAGCAAUUGGUAUCCCAUUACAUCUGCUCCUUGUACUUAACAUUGGGAUGCUGGUCGCAGUCAAAUUGCAGUAUCUUGCUACCAGGUGGCAACCUGGCACAUCAUUUCCCACAGCUCUGCUCCAGUGCUGUUGCCAGUACAAAGUAAAGAAACCAUCCAGUCCAGUGCAGCAUCAUAAUCAGGCACCUGAAGACCAGAUAUCCGCAAUAGACUCAAACAAUGUAAGAUUAAGGAAGAUCAGCAUGAACCCCUGUAUAACUCCACCACGAUGGUUGAAGUGGUUUCCUGCAGCAUCAAUCUUCCUGUAUUACAUUUUUGGAGUGUUAGUCUUUGGAGUGGGCCAGUCACAGCCAUUUGCUGCAUGUCUCCUCUUCCCCCUUGAUUUUACAGCUGCAGGUGGUGUGGGGCUCACAUCUGGAACCGUUAGGACUUUCUACGCCAUCUACUUAGAGGGAGCUGUGACAUUGGCUGCAAUAUCCGUUUCCAUCCUUCAGGUUUCAGCUUCAAGAGGGUUAACAGACCUGGGACUGAAAUUUGGAUUGCUAACAAACUCCUGACUGGAUUACUGGCAAAUUAUAAUAUAAGUACCUACAUAAUGCAUCAAACAUAUGGUAGUCAUUCUGAGUUCUUGAUUAAUCAUGUUACACUGUGAUUAUGUUGGACACUGUAUAUAUAAUGUACAGAACGUUGUGGGAGUUUGUUCUAAUCAUAUCUUCAGGUGAUUUAAGGCUACAGACAUUUUUAAUGUUUUCUGUUGAGAUCAUCCUACUGUCUGUGUUCAUUUCAACUUUUGAUCCAGUUGACCAGUUUUUAUUAAUCUUGUAUGAAUGCAUGCCAUUGGUGUUCAUCCUGUCACACAUUUUAGUAACCUGCAAUCAAUAACAACAACAUGGUGUGUGUGUGAACUUGAGAGGUGGUAGAGAUACUAGCACCAUGUAAUAUGCACAGUAAAUGACAACCAACCAGUCACCUGAAGACAGGAGCAGAACCUCCUGAAAUGUUAUGUAUAUUAAAUAUACACGUAUAUGUGACACCACAUAGGACCCAACAUAACAAUAAUAAUUAACCUUUGGAGAAUAAUAGCGCAAAUACACUCACAACAAGUUCAACAUAGCUUGCUUUCCUAAAGCAGUUCGUAGAAUGAACGCUUAAGUGUAGAUCCUGGUUGAAAUUUUCCAUUGUUUCCUUACUCAUUCAAGAGAAAUACUCAGAUCCUUAGAAUGGGACAUUAUCGCUUCCUUAUAAGUCUCAGCUAAGUCAUACUUCAACAUCAAAUCACCUUUCAUGAUCAUAGUUCAUAGUGGCUAUCUACACAAUUACUUAAAAAUAAAUAAAACAAAAGUGUCAGGAUUACUUUACUGUGGUUAGACUAUACCCUUAUAUGUUUUGAGCUUGACAAAUCAUCUGGUUAAUUGAGAAUAAAUAAAGGCAUAGACAUUGCAUUGCAAGUCGAUGUUAAAAUGACUUUCUAUAAAACAGGCACAUUUUUCAUAUUAAAAUAUGUGCUAUAAUUCAGUAUUAAAAUAUUAUAAAUCCUUGAAAUUUUCACAAUAUCUUGAAAUUCAGUUACUAUAUAUAUUUUGAAUACACCUCUUGACGAUCUCUCAGGAUCAAAGCAUGUAGUAUAUAGUACAUACAUACACAUUUCACAAGUCCAAGUGGUGUAGUAUAACCACAACAAAUUAAUCCUGACACUUUUGUGUGUUUCAUUUUAUUGUUAAUUAAUGGUUCUGCUGCCAAGUCAUACAUACCAUGAUUCUUUAACAGAACAGGAUAUGAAGAAUAAAGGCCUUCCAUGAUGCUUGUUAGCUUCCUAACAAUCAAAAUAUUAAGCCAAAUAUAACAAUUUUGGGAAGAAUUACGAAGCAAAAUAUUUUUUAAAGUGUAGAAGAAAAAUAAAAACUAUAUAAUAUAAAAACACAAUGAAGCAUGAAUAUUCUUUAUUUGCUCAUGAACUGCAACUGUUGAUUUAAAAAAUAUGAAAUAAAAAUGUUUGUCUCUAGAAAUAUUUUAUCAGCACAACAGUUGCAGUUAUCAGGAAAUCAGGGUAAAAAACAUAGAGGAAAUAAUUAUAAAAUAUGGCUUUAAUAAUGUGUCUGAUAAACAUAUGCUUCAAGUUUAAUUAAAUGCAGAAUGUUGCACUUUAUAUGGAAGUUCUGAAACAUGAUAUAUGUUGCACAGAAAAUAAGUAUAUAGAGCUAUAUCACAGGACUAAGAAACUGUUCCCUCCAUCCUGAAGCUUUUAUGGUAGAUAUGGGGAAAAAUUACUGUUGUUAAAUGCUUUAAUGGCUCAUACAUUUAUUUAUCUCUGUUUGUAAACAUGUUAAAUUCUGUCAACAGAGCUUUAGUAGGAUAAAAUCCUAUGAAGAUGAAUGCAUUUGAAACUUGCCACAUACCUAAAUUGAAUUUUUUUAUUUUUCUGAAGAAACACAAGACUUUAAUAAGACUGUGGCUUGAAAGUGGCCAUUUUCCUGUUCACCAUUCUUACUGGCCUGAAAUGGUUUCUAUCUCCUCUCCCCCUGCCAGAGACCUGAGUGACCACCUUCCUUGCAUCUUGUCUACAUAACACAACAGAUUUCUCACCCCAGACACUUUGGAACUGAAGAUUGUGGCAGUACAUUCCUCCAAAAUGUUGGUAUCCGCCAUCAAGAUUCCAAACAAUCAUUGCCAUGUUUUUGUACAUAACACUGUAACAUGGCCAUUUGAAGAACAAGCUCUAUAUAUGUGCAUAUAAAAUCAAUGGUUUUUGUACAGAGAAUAGUCCCUGCUGAGAUAAGGGGGCAGAGGGGCCCUUGGUUUUGAUAAAAUUAAAUAACCUUUCACUAAUAAAUUGCACCUUCAUCUAAAAUCUUAACCAACCAAUACAAAUAUUUUAAUGUAUUGGAACAGCCGCUUUGGUGUAAAAACUUUAGAUUUUAUACCCAAUUGUAUAUUAUUAAUAAUAUGUAUAUAUUUUAACGUUCAGAACAUAUAUUGUAAUAGUAACUUCCAACUGUAUUAAUGUAAAGGUUCCCUUCUGAUGAUGGUCUCUGGACCGAAACAUGUAAGGACAUAAAUAAUUGAAAAAAGAAAAAUCUUCACCAGUCUCACUAGACACAACUGUUUAACUUCUCAUGCUAUCUCUCUAAGAUCAAUUUUAAUAGUGUUCACCCACUUACACCUUGGUCUUCCCAGUGCUCUCUUUCCUUCU